UAUUUAUGUAUGUAUGUACAGAUGACUAUGCAAGAAAUCACUAUUUAAAACCUUUCUUGAUUUAUUUCUUAGCUGAAUCUCAUAGAAGGUCAUCACUCGCAAUAAAUUAAGCUCAGUGCUGCAGGGCUUGAAAGUCAUCAAUUGUUCAUUUUCUGUUAUUUUUUUUUGUUACCCUAAGAUUUAUAAGAGAUUUUUUCAUAAAAGUUGAAAUGAUUCCUUCAAGGAAGACGUCAUAAACAAGUUCAAUACUUAGUUUUUCAGUAACUCAGCACUAUGGUGGAAUAGGCCAUACGUACUUUUCACAACAGGUCUGGCCUCACAAUCAUCCAUAUGAUAUGUACGUAGGCGACUCCUCUUGCUAUUUUCACUCAGUCUCUGAUAAAAGAUGGCUUGCACGCACAAGUACAAGCAUAAGCGCACGGAACUAAACUGGUGCCACGAGAGCAUAGGAACAAGAACAGGAAGCUUUUAAAUUGUGACAGUUUUGCUAAUACUAUAUGGCGUUGUCUCGCCUCAUGUAAUGAAUUCCGGAAUCCGGCAAAUUUUUGCGUUUGGAAUCCGGAAUCCUCUAAAGUUUUGCCCGAGGAACCGGAAUCCUGGGUUUGGAAUACCACUAAAGAUGGGAAUUCGGAAUCCAAGUUCCACCGACAUAGAUCUGGAAUCAUUACCUGGAAUCCGAAAGGAAUUCCUUGCAUGGAAUCCAGAAUCCAAGACUGUCCUGGGUUCCCUUACAUGGGACGAUUGGUCUUUUCAUACAUGACCGGUGCGAUGCAAACAUCUAAACUUAAGCCCAAGCAACAAAACAGCGGUUCGCCUUCCAUCGUCCUGCCAUUGCCUAAACUUUGUCCUUACGAGCCUGCGUAUUAAUCUUACGGUAAUCAAGAGCCAUUAUGGCUCCUAAAUGUGAUCGAAGAUGAUUGCUAUUUUUUGGGUGUACAUAUGAGGCUAUCAACUUGAUGUAAGAUUUUGUUCACUCUUGGGCUGUUUGCAAAUUAUUUUUCUCUAAAAUCACUUAGCCUUUCCCUCAAAAGUCACAUGAAUGUGCUAUGUGCUCUAAAGUUAACUGAAUUGUGGAAUACAAGUUUAUUGUUUGAUUUAAAUUAUAAAUAUAUUAAUGGGAGCCUCGCUUUUAGCCCUGGCUAAAUCUAUACAUUCUUGUACUUGUGCUGCUGAACUCGGGGACUUGCAUUGCAAUUAAAGAUCAUUAGUUCUAGUUCGUAACAAACAAUGGCCAGCUCUAAGAUCUCCAUGUAAUGUAUUUAUUCAGACAACCCACAAGUGGUACAGGCAAUAUAAGGAAAAGGAAAGUAUCCGAUGACAUCGUAGACUCAACCGUAGCAGGUAAGUUUUGGUCACUUAUAGUUUUCAGAACCAAUUCAGAGUAAAUACCUAGAAGACAGUUCCAGCUGCCAAUACACCUUGCCUUUCGAAGAAAUUCGAAUUUUGUCUGCAAGAUAAACGGGCAAUGACGUUAUUGCUAAGAAAUUUCUGUCUCGACGUAACACUGAUCACAACAAAUUUUCAUCUUUAUUUUACACAGCUGUCAGUGCUGGUUAUAGUUUUCCCAAGUCCUUGCUAAUAGCGAUGUAGCUAAUGUUCAAAAUUCAGUUCAGGGCUUAAAAAACAAGGCAUAUAACAAAUGUGCUGUGUUGGUAUACUUUUAUUAUUUAAUGAAAUGCAAAUACCGUAUUUAUUCGAUUAACCGCCCUGGGUGCUUAUAAAUUUUUGGACCAUGAGAGUGGGCGCUUAUUCGAGGUGGGCGCUUAUUCGAGGCUGAGCGCUUAUUAAGUUUUUACCAUUUUCAGCAAGUGUAGUAUGUUUAUUUUGCAACAAAACAAUAAAUGCUGAUAAAAAAAACGCGAAGAAGUAACAAAGCAGGGUUUCUGUAAAAUACUCUGAAGAAAACUCCCUCCUCGGGGAAGUCUCUUAUUAGUACUUAUUCAAUUUCAAUUUCAGUCUCAUUGUCACUCAAGUGGGUGGGGCGGGGUGGGCGCUUAUUUGAGUUUGAUUGGGGGCAGGAGUGGGUGGGGGUGGGGUAGGGCGCUUAUUAACUUUUCCUGCCUUUAGGUUGGGCGCUUAUUCGAAUAAAUACGGUAAGCAAGAGCUGCUUUUCUGCAAUACAGUAAAACUCCCCGACUAAUUCUGGAUUUUAAGAAUCUGUUAGGCUAAACUUUGCCAGUUAGGCCCCCUCUACACAACAACCUGUUUAGCGUAAAACUUUAAACAGGUUCUUAUUUUCUAAAAUCUAUGAAAAGUUCUGCACACUUGGGCAAAUGAGAUAAGUCAACAUUCAGAAUGCUCUUUGGAGACAUAGGUACCUUAUCACUCCAAAUGCAAUGUAAAUGCCAGCGUUUAAAAUCAAAUAAAAUUGUUAUUGAUACAAUUGGAAAUUUAAUACAGUAUAUAAAUUAUAUGAGAAAUAAGAACCUAUAGUCUAGACUUGUGCCAACUACCAUUUAUAUAAGAACCUGUUUAGGCUAAAUUGGAAAAAUCGGCAGGUUCUUAGUCGCAGGGUUUUACUCUACCACAAAUUAGUGCAAACUUGGGAGGUAUUGCCCUUGAAAAUCCAGUCACUUUUAGUUUGCUAAAGUCAGUUACCAAUUUUCUUCUUUACACAGAAACAAAGUUCCGAAAAACUUCCAAAAACCCGCCAAAAGUAGCUGAGGAUGUUACUGUGCUUAGAAAUAAGGAUAUUCGUGAGGAGGCCAAAAGCCUGGACAAUGGCCAACUUCCAAUCGAUAUCUUGUUAUUGACUGUAAAGGACUGCGAGUUUUUAGCCUGUCUUUCUUUCAUGACGAGUUUUACCAAGAGGUACGAAAAUGACCUUGGUUUUGUUUACAUCGGGAGUAUGUGCGAGUCAAGUGUUAAUAUGAAAAUCGCUGUCAUGAAGUGCAGAAUGGGUGCGACUGUUCCUGGAGGUUCAGCUGGUGUUGUUAGAGACGCAGUCAAGGCUUUAACCCCCAAGCGGUGUUUUGUGUGGGUUACUGUGGGGGCUUAAACCCAGACAAAGUCAAAUUAGGAGAUGUAGUUAUUUCCGAGAAAUUAAUCACAUACGCUCCUUCCAAAGUCACCGAGAAUGGAAUCGAGGAACUUGGCGAUCGCGUUCCCCCGAGCACAAAACUUGGAAAGUUAAUCCUGAAUGCUGCUGAUGGUUGGGAGGCACCGUUGCAGGAUCCAGCGGAGCUAGAAGUUGAAGUAAAGCGUGGUGCGUUACUCAGUGGACCACAACUGGUUGAUAAGAAUGAAUUGCGUGAAGCACUUAUCAAGAGAUUCCCAAACGGAAUUGCUAUCGAGAUGGAAGGAGAAGGUAAACUGAUUACACCUACAUUCUAAGAGGCAACUGCUUUAGUUAAGUUCCACUGACCGUGAGGAGACUGAGAAGGAGAAAUGAAGAAAAUAAAGAGGAAGAGGCUCUUUCCUCAUUCCCUCACCUGUUCUGGGGAGAGUGAUGCCUGCGAAGGAGGCUAAGUUUAACAGAGAAACCAUCUCUCUCCAUCUUUGUAUAUUCCAGUUUGUUAGUUAAGUAAUACAGUGGGAACCUCGAUAUAAAGAGCCUCUAUGUAAUGAAGUCCUCGGUAUGACGAACGAUUUUCCUUACCAUAGUAAUAGUAAAAUAUUAUUAAAAAAAUACCCUCGACGGAUAUAACGAAACCUAGUUAGAGUAAACACAUUUUGCCAGUCCCCUCGGCCCUUCCAUAUAUCGACUGGGUUUCACUGUAGUUGAAACGGUUAUCCAGCAGACUCAGAACCAGCAUUACUUGCGUUUUAAGGUUUGACAAACUGUUCUAGGAGUCAAAAAUUCAAUGGAACAGUCUAUGGAAUGGGUGUUUAUAUUUAGAAAUUUUAUGGUGAAAUUACUUUAAACUUCGCCAAUCAUUCUGUAAACUAACAACGCGUGUGAAGAUCAAAUCCGGGAGACAAACUCUUUAGUUUUUAGUACGGUGGAUUUAGAUGCCGAAAUCAGAACUUUCACUCAAAAAUGUUUCAACUACAACUCAUUAUCUUCUUCACUUUCAGGUGUUUACGGAGCAGCACAUGACCUGGGUGUUGAGUGGAUAAUUAUAAAAGGCGUGUCGGACUUCGCAGAUGGCACGACGUCCGAGACAAAUUCAUGGAGACCCUUUGCGAGUUUAAUGGCUGCUUCCUUAGUUGCUCAUAUUCUCAAAAAUCCAAUUAUUUUUGAGAACUGGGGUCAUUAUAAUGAUGGAAAAUCAAGUCUUCUUUCCUCCUUAGGUGAGAUAGUUCUGAUUCAUUGUGUAGGCAACGGUUCGGUGUUUCUGGUUGUGUAGAUUGAGAAGUAUCAUUAUCACAAGUCAAAGAGUCUUUUCAAAUUACAAGGCAAGACUCGUUUGAGUUUUUGCAGGUACGCCUAUUCCCUUUUUUCAAGAAAAUUUAACCCCGCGGGUACAAUCCUUUAAAAACAUCCUCUUGUAACCGCUAACAAGAAACUGUUCCGAGUUAGCAACCAAGCGGAUAGGUUAUUAUUACAAGUAAAGGGGCCCCACACAAUACGUUGAGAAAUUCCGCAUUUAAUUUUGUAGUAGUUAAGUCUAUGAAUUUUUUUGAGUUAUAGCAUAACGACAGACUACUUUACUUAAAAGAUGGAUCAAUGCUAGACAAAAGCUUUUAAAUUUUGAAAGUACUAACGUGUGGUUUAUUGCCGUUCUUGGCUUAGAAACGGCAUUUGAGCGAUUUUAAUAAAUGUCUCGUUCACUCCAAAAAACGGCGAAGACAAAAAUUGUUUGCUUCCUAAUUCAUAGUUGAUACGUGAGAAAAGAUGGCGAAGUGGUGAGAGGACUCGCCCUCCUUCAGUGUGUCCUGCUUCAAACCUGGCGAUGACUUCCUGAUAUGAGUUUUGAGUUUGUUGUUGGUAACUUGCCAAAAUUUCUAAAUUCCAGUUAAUUCAGGAAGGGUCGACGCAAAGCUACGUCCUGGAUGUGUUAUUGUUUUAAAACACAGGCUUUAGAAACUCGGAAAUUGCUCCAUACAGGUUGGAGGGCGAGAUUUCAAUAAAAGGGCCCCCUCUUAGUCUACUAAAUAUGGGGUUUAUUGGCACAAUCGACUUUGAUUGAAUGGAUCUUGGGACACCUAUCUGCUGGUAUCUCUGUAAAUUUUUGCGGGGUGAACUUCGGUCGAACUCACUAUUUACGUACUUAACUCUCAUGCAUUUAAAAUUAAAAAGUUUUACACAGAUUUCUUAAAGUCCUUCACUCAAUAGAUCGCACUGUAAACAGAAAACAGAGGAACGUUUGAAAAUUUUAUUAAUGGAACGCGAACUACAAGACAAAGUCUAUUAAAAAAGAACCUCGACAUGACCGCUUAUUAUACCGCCCUGGGUUUCAAUGAAUGCUACGAAGAAACAUUGACUAUUAGUAUCUACGAAAAAAAUCACGAAUUUGUUUUGCUCUGAUAAAGGUGAACGUGUACUACAAUCCAGUCAUAGGGGACAUGCGUCACAAUCCAACGACAGCAAGAUGCCUGUGUCUAGUGGAAAAGGUAUGAGCGAUGAUUUUCAAUACAACUUUUUGCAUUAAUGAAAUUUUCUUUCAAUCACCUCAAGUGAUGAUUUUAAACUGGCUCCUGCUGAUUCAGCAAAUUUAUCUUUUCAUAAGUACCAAGUACCAUCGAAAAAAAUUUUACAGCAAGAUUGUCGCCUGACUAGGGUUCCUUCAAUCCCCUUUGUGAGUCCCAUUAAAAUAUUCUCCUUAAAUACCCUCAUCCAGACGGCCUAUAUUGGAUAAUCCGGAUCCCGAAUAUAAAUACGUUCUCAAAUGUGCCUUAGAACAGUUUUAAAAGAGAGGUGCAGACAAAGCUCAGAGAUGCAGGAACCCUGGCUCAGCAUAAAAACAGAUGAUAUUCAUACAAAACUGUGCUACAGAAACAGCACUUAACGUUUCUUAGCAAGAGACUAUAAAGGGGACAGAGAGGGCAUCCCCCAUAUACACCCUAUUCCAUAGGUAAUUCGUCUCGAGUUAUUUUUAGAAUCGGGAUAAAGUUACCUCGCGCGAGGCGUGGAUGUUUCGUGGAGGUUUCGCAUGACCAAACGCCGUGCAAAACAUGUCGGGCGAGAGGCAAUGAAAGCGUAAAAAGAUCGAGAGCAUUCCUGAAUAUUGAAGCGAAAUGAGUCGGCGCUCACCUGGGAAAAAGGAAUCGCUGGACUCUUUGACAACCCGUGAAAUCAGUUUAACUCGAAGUUGUCGUAACCUCAGUGCUUUAAUAAAAUGAGAAAUUUCGCCGGUCUAUUGAAACCGGUCGUUUGUACAAUUUAGGGAGUUUAAGAUCCAACGACGCGGACGACAACUAGAACGUCAAAAAAACAAUAGGUUUAAUUAGCAAAACAACAACUUCGCACGUGCAACACACUUUUUUGUUCAUUUCUUUCCCGUUUUUGCACGACUACGACGUGAAAAUGCCUAAUUUCGCGUUUUAUGGAGGACGUAAAUAAGCAACGACGAAAUUUUAUUUCUCUUUCUGAGCUUGAAUAUGGUCCCUUGAAAUUCAGCUUUAGGAGGGUUCGCCUACAAUUGACAAAGUAAGUGGGUAGGAAUAAUCGCUAUAAAGACUGAAAAAAAUAAACAUCAAACCAGAAAUUGCUCUCUUCAAACUGUAAAUUAUAAAUGAUCCUGAGAGAAUAUUCAGUGCGUUAAGGAUUUCCCUGCUCUACUGUUAGCUCUAUACAAGAGAGGAAGGGCGAUUCUUUUUUAAUUUCGGUUUCGCUGACACAGCUUUCGCAGAAAUCUCGCUGUAGUCGUUUUCGUCGACAAAAGGAAUAGCAAAAUCGCUCUCCGCGUCUUCCCCCAUUUUGUUCUGCGUCAUUUCGUGAAGGACUCGUGGCUCUCAGCGUGGGUCAUCCACGCGGAACACAUUCGCGCUAUGUGAUUGGCUGUUGUCUAAUCCCCCUUGAGAUCUGUGGUGUUAAAAAUAACUCGAGACGAAUUACCUAUGGAAUAGGGUGUAUAUGGGGGAUGCCCUCUCUGUCCCCUUUAUAGUCUCUUGUUUCUUAGUUAUGGUUCCCUGGAGACCAUUUAUAGGCCUCAGUCCUCUUAUACAUCACAAUCACGUAGUCCUGACGAGACAUCUUUACUCUCUGAAGAGGACAACAUCCUGUAGAGAUGGGUGGACCAUUUCAACAGUGUCCCAAACAGGCCCUCUUCUAUUAAGUUGAAGGCUCGAUGCCUCAAGUAGAGAUUCAAAUUCCUUGGCAGAGCCUCAAGUAGAAUCAGAGGUUCAGAACCAGUAACAAAUUCACUUAUAACUCCGCAGCACGCUGUAGUGGCCAUGGCGAACAUUUACAACCAGGUCAAUUAACGCAUUUCAAGGCCACCUAAUGAUCAGUUUUCGGAUGACCCCGGGGGGGACUCCCACAUGAAAGAGGGGGAGAUGUUCGUCGGAAAUUUCAUAUUAAACCCCUAAAGGAGACCAAUCUGGGCGUGGCCCAAUCUUUUUUUGACCCCUAAAAGAGACCAUUUAAAACUUUGAUUACAUGAAUCGAGUAAAUAAAACGAAUUCUUUGCGUGCAACCCUAAAAGAGACCUGUACGGCUAAAUAUAAUGGCGUGUUGAACAGAACACCCUAAGUGAGACCAAAAUCCGAAAUUUACACCCCUAAGCGAGACUACGAGCAUUCCCGCUCUUUUCAUAUGGGAGUCUAACUACAACUAACGGAAGGGGUACAAGGCAGUUUUACUGUUCACACUGCUACUAGUAUCUCCAGUACCUUAUGACUGUGAGACAUGGACAGAAAAAGGCUUAACCGAUUCCAUCUGAACUGCCUCAGAAAACUGUUGAAGAUCACCUGGCGUGACGAAGUCCCCGUUCUCUAGAUGGCAUGUUACACUCUUUUCAAAAGAGCCCAGGUUAGACCGGUUGGCCCCUUUUGUAAUGAUGCCUGACACACGACUCCUCAAACUGGGACUGUUCUAAGGCAAAUUAGCGGAGGGGAAACGCUCACAGCCUUGGACAGAAGAAGCGGUACGAGUACUGUCUUAAAGCUUCGCUGAAAAGCUUUGAUAUUGGUGUUCAAACUUCGGAGACUCUGGCAUUUGACCGACCAGCCUGGGUGCAGCAAAAUCCACAAAGGCACUUUCCUGUUCGAGCAGAACAGAAUGGCAGAACCUCAGAUGAAACGAUAGCUGCGAUCGUCUAAAGUAAUCUCUUUGACAUCUGCCAAAGAAAUUUACCAGUAUCCAGAAUACGAAGAGUCUUCUGCUUCUGUAUCGGGUGGAUCAGCCACAGCCGGAAAACACCGCACUUAUUCCCUCAACUAGUAAUGUUCUAGGUCAUCGUCCACAACGGCGGACGAACACCGGCAUAGAGGUUUCGCAAUUCUCAACCUCUCACGGAAUAGCAACAGUGUCCAGAAAAGUGUAGACAACUUGCGGUUAACUCAAAAAUGAUUGGUCAAUGGUUAAAGAAAAAACACCCCCUUUCUCUACCGGAUCCCGCGUCGUUUCGAAUCUCACUUCCCCUAAGAAUUUCCCUCGAAUUUGGUCCUUCCAUAACACGCUAAAUCUACAUCCUUGAUCCCGAAAACCUAAUGAGAAUCCUCAUAUAUUGUGUAGGUGUAUUACCUACCAGGUUUGUUAGUAAGGGGCUGAAGGGGCGGGAAGGUGGGGAGGGGGGGGGGGGGUUCUAAAUCAACAUAGAGAAUGUUAUGGAAUCAAGAGAGAAUGGAAUUUAUAAGUUAUUAUAUUAUAGUAUUAUGCAAUACAGUAAAACCCCGCUUGUAAACUAGUGAUUAAGAUCUGUUAGUAAAAUUUGCCAUUUUAAUAUCCCAGAAUAUAAGGACCUGUUUAGCCAAGCAAGAUCAAACAGGUUCUUAUAUGUGGAUUACUCUGAUAAUGAUAAACAUUUCACUUGAGAAGUUAGACUAUAAGCACUGAGAAGUCUUUCUUGGCAUUUGUUUGUUUAUUUAUUUGCUCAUUCCACUCCUUUUCCCACUUAUUUCUUUCUUUAUUUCAUUUGUGUUUUUUUUUUAUUACUCAACUCUAGCCCUUGUCAGAGUAGCCUGGGAGCAGACACUGCAGUGAGGGAAGGGAAAAUCGGCAAGGGCACCCGUUUCGUGCCUUUUACCCCCACUACGAAACCUGGUCCUAGGCUAGUUGUGCGGAUAACAUUACAUAAUACAUUCUGUAAUCAGGUUUGCAAGGCUUUCUCAUAAUACAGUUGUGAAUAAAUACCGUAUAUUUUCUAAACCCUUUGGAAGUUUAUUUUUUUCUUGUAGUCAAAAACUGUAUCUACUUUAAAUAAAUGUAAAAUUAAGAGCCCCUUUAGCGUAAAAUGCCAAUAAUGACCCCAAAAUACAAUAAACUUUUUUACCCGUCUUCAAAAAAUGUAGGUUCUUACGCGGGGGUUUUUACUACAAAAUGCUUUCCUUUGUUUCAGUCAUCAAAGAUGGUGUCCCCACAAGCGAUGUCUUACAACAUUUGUCCUUGAAGCUAGGGACAUCGUGGAAGCCUUUAGCUCGGUGUCUCAAAUUCGAUAAAGCAAGUAUUACUGUUUUUCACAAAGAGAACGAGGAAUUCACAGAAAAAGCAUUAAGUAUGUUGCAGAAGUGGAAAGCGAAGUAUGGUUCAGGAGCAACCUUCAGAUUCUUGCAUAACGCCUUAUGUGAUGAACGUGUAUGCCAAAGGGAAUUAGCAGAACAGUUUUGCUACUGUUAGUCAACAUGACUCAACAUAUAAGUUUCCUCACUGAAUCGUGUGGUAACAAGUUACAUUAAAACUGGCUUACAGCUUAAUUCGGGCUUGUUCAAUUCAUUUAACAGAUUCUGGUCGGUCACGUGUAACUUAGAUUGACUGGGAAAAUCUGGUACAUCGAGAUAGCUAGAAAAAGUGUUGCUUUUCGUUUUGCUACCUUUAUGAAGCUGUAAGCUGUAAAUAUUUCAUGAAAAUUUAGUUCUUGCUAAGAGGACCUUUGUGUUUCUUUAGACUGUUUACUUACAGUGUAGGAGUACCGUAAAAUUUCGAAAAUAAGCCCCGGGGCUUAUAUUUUUCAAAGGCCCUUUUUGAGGGGCUUAUUUUUGGAGGGGCUUAUCUACGGAGGGAAAUUUGCGUCUCAAAAUCGAUUGGGCGAGCCUUACAGUUGGAAGUAAUUUAACGUUUUUGCUUUGUUUUACUUUGUAUUUGAGGGCAAUUUUCCAAGUACAAGCCCCCUGGGGGCUUAUAUUCGGAGGGGCAAUUUAACGGAGGGUUUUUUGCGUUACCAGUUUGGGGGGCAUAUAUUUGGAGGGGCUUAUACAUGGAGGGGCUUAUUUUCGGAAUUUUACGGUAUAUGCUUGUAGUCGAAAGUAUAGUCAAACCCCAUUAAUACAGACCCUGAGGGGGCUUUAUAGAGUGACCAGGUUACUCAGUUUCAAUUUAGAGGAAAUGUAAAUUCUCUUGGUGUGUCAGGAUGGCUUUUUGGUGAAAAAAUCCCCGAAUUAGGCGUUGCGGAUCGUUGCAACUGAAAUCCUAUGGACCCUU